UUACAGUCGCUAGCUGAUUAACAUAUGGUGAACAAAAAUAAUAGUACUACAAUGCAACAAUAACAUCUCAAUUCCUCAACCACUCUAGUCUUACAAUGCCAUCUCAAUUAUAGUAGGCUAGUAGGCCUACUUAGUAAAGUGCAGUGCCUAGUACGUUACAACAGAAACAACAAUGUAUAUUAAGUGGAACAUUGACCAGUGAUUGUAGUUUCAUGCUAGAUGGUUAAACUACACAUCAAACAAAUACAAAGUGCAGGGAAGGGACAAAGUCGUAGGUUUUGCAGAAAGUGAAAAUCUGCAAAGAGUUGCUUUGGGUGUCCUUCGGCCGAAAAACUGUUCCUGGAAAAAGCUUAGUUAAAAAGGAACUCUGAAAGUGAGAAAUAGUAGAACAAUUUAACAUUUCCGUGUUUUUCAACCACUUCCUAUAUUCGUCUUUUUUUGCAUUAACCCUGUGAUUCUUUCUGCUGAUACUGGAUAUUGAGAAGAAGGGUAGGGUGGAGAGAGAAGAGGACAGGCAGAGAGAUAGAGAGAAGAGUAGAAAGGGUAGAUAGACUUGGUAGAAAAAGUAGAGAAAAAGUAGAGAGAAGAGGAGAAGGUAGAGAGAAGAGAAUAGGUAGAAGGAAAAGAGUGCCAUGAGAACAAUACCAGUGGGGUCCAGGGACAGACAGAACCUCUGGAUCUUGGUUCUACUCCUCCUGACUGGUGUUUGGGGGGACGAAGGUUGGGAAGUGAAUUAUCCAGAUCAAAUCUGUGCAUUCAAAGGAUCUACUGUUACCAUCCCCUGCAGUUACAAGUACCCUGAAAUAUAUCAUCCAGUUAGGGUUAUCUGGUGCAUAAACCAUUUGAUAUGCCAGGAUCCCACUCCAAAAUUUUACGACAGUGGCUCCAGCACUAAUCAUCCAGGUUUUAAAUAUAUUGGUGACAAAAAGAACAACUGUAUACAGAUUGAGAAUAUAAACAUAACAGAUUCCAACACAUAUAGGUUCAGAUUUGUAACAGAUCCAACAAAUGCAAUCACAGGUCGAUCAGGAGUAUACAUCGAAGUCAUAGAAAUUGACAACAUUAAAUUGAAGGUGACAGCUAGUGAUGACAGAGCCUCUAAUGAGACAGUCACCCUGAGCUGCACAUCAUCUUCACCCUGCAUCUUCAACAACCUGAAGAACACCUGGUACCACAACAACAACAUUCUACCGGCGACAGGUCCCACCCUAACCUUGAGUCCUGUUUGUGAUUUUGGUGUUUCCUGUCUCCUGAUUGGGUCAUGUGACCUGGCCACUACAUUCACAGGUACUCCCUACUACAUGAGCCCAGAGGUGCUGAACCAGCAGGGCUACAACUCCAAGUCUGAUAUCUGGGCGCUUGGCUGUGUCCUGUAUGAAAUGUGUUGUCUGGCGCAUGCCUUCGAGGGUCACAGCUUCCUGUCUGUGGUGAUGAAGAUAGUCGAAGGGGAGACCCCCACCCUGCCGGAAGGUUACUCACGAGAGCUCAACUCCGUCAUGCAACGGAUGCUUGAGAAAAACCCUCCUUCGAGAAUCUCUGCUGAAGAGGCUCUCAGGACCAAGAUCAUAGAGACCAGCAUGCAGAGCUUAAAGCACAAGCUCUUCAGCACGACACUGGAAGACAAGGAGUCUGGAGGAGAGAGAGAUGCUGUACAGAUAGCUAAAGCCCUACAGAAGAAGGUUCACCUGCAGACCCUGCGUGAGAGGUCAGAGGUGGACAGGUUGACCCCCAGAGAGAGAAUGAGGCUGAGAAAACUGGAGGCUGCAGAUGACAAGGCCAGGAGGCUGAGGAAAUUGGCUGAGGAGAAAUACCAGGAAAAUCACAGACGAAUGCAGGAGCUUAGGAGCCGCCAUUUUGAAAAAGUCAGCUUGGACGAGAGUGCAGAGGAUGCUGAUCACCAGACUUUGCCAAUUACAGCUCAGGAUUACCGGUCGCUGGGCUGCUCACAGCCAAUAGGAAGGCAGCAACAGGACAGAAUGUGCAUGUCUGAGCCAGGUGAAUGCAAGAUCCCAGAGGAUCCCCAGACAGCAGAGGUCUACUAUGAUCAGGAUGGCUUUGAGUCGUGCUCUGAAGAGGAGGACUCAGCAGAGAAGAGCCCAGCUCUCACCUCAGAUCUUUAUCACACCUGUCAACAGGAUAGUGACCUAGAUGCCAUGAUUAUGCACAUGGAAAAAGUACUUCAAGGAGAAUUCAGUGCGUACGGAGCAGCAGGAGGCCAGUGCAGCCCUCAGGGAAGCUCCGUCGUCAACAGCAGCAUGGUGCACGGCAGGAUUCAGCGCAUGAGAGAAUCAGUGUCCCGUCGUCUGGGUCCAGGAGUCUUCCAGAGAGUUUAUGAGUACCUGAAAGAGGCCAGGGCGAGGCAUGAGGGUGACGCCAGCAUAAGGGAAGCCCUGGCGAGCAUGGUGGAGACGCCCAGCGACUGCUUUGAGGUCGACCAACUUCUGUACUAUGAGGAACAACUACAGGAGGCCAGAGAGGGAGCAGGACGACCCACACAUACACAUUCACAACACGUAUUCACAGAGACACACUCGCAUGCAUAGAAAGGUGACCCAGAAUUUAUGUCGUUGAUAUAAGUGUGUGUAAGAGUCCAAUCUGCCCUGUAACCUAUGCAGUGAAAAUCAACACCCCUUUAACGCGUAUAAUUGAAAAAUCACUGUUUUCGGUGACCGAAUACCUGCCACAGUCAAAAAUUUGCAUCAGCUCCGCUAGCAUCAGCUCUGCUAUUUUCAGCUGGUUCUUCCUCCGUGCUCUACUUCCUCAUCUCUCUUGUUAUGUCUCUGAGGGAAUUAAGAUGCUAGUAUUUGAUCAAGCUCACAGAGAAACUUUUACUGUUUCUACACACUCCCAAUGCUUCUCUGCUGUUGCGUUGGACCUCUUUGAUGUGUGUGAGGACAUUAUCAGGAGAGAGAUGGGGAGGGUCCCACUAUUUAACUGCAUCUUUACUCCCAUCUCCACAGAACCCAUUAAACGCUUCUUCAGUACAUGGCUUCAGUGCAGUCAUCAAUAUUCUUCAGUAUGUAAAUUUCUUCAUAGGAUUCAGGGCAGUUUCCAGGUUGAAACCUGUUCUCAAGAGACACGGGAGGAGUGGGGCCGGAAACAUUUAUAUGUUUAGUAACAAAUGUAUUUUCAUCAUGAGCUGGUGUUUUGACAGCCAGGAGACCCAAAACUCCAUAAUGAACAGCAUAUUAUUUCACUCCUAAGUGUCAAAGUUUUAUCACUGUUAAGAUUCAUUGGCAUAUACACAAGUCCCCACAGAGAACGACUGCCUUCACCAGCUGGUGCUACAAUACUGCGAGGGAGAUGAAGGGGGAGAGAGAGAUAUAGAGAAGGAGUGAGAGAAACACAGGGAGGGAGACAGUUACUGAGACGGAGGGAGAAAGUGAUACAGAGAGGCAGUGAGAGGACGAGAGAGAGAGAGAGACAGGAAGGCAGAGAUAGAGACGGAGGGAGAGAGUGAUACAGAGAGGCAGUGAGAGGACGACAGAGAGAGAGAGAGAGAGAGAGAGAGAGAGACAGGAAGGCAGAGAUAGAGACGGAGGGAGAGAUCCUGAGAAGCCUUCUGCCUGUCAGUGUGCGCAACCUCUUUUAUCUCCCAGGGUGUAACUGACGAGACCAGGAAUGGAGGGAGGGGGGGGGGGGGGGUUUCCUCCAGCUUUGUGAGAUCAAACCCACACACGUCGUUCCCCGUGGAAAUCUUCACAACAAUCCAGGCUACAAGGCAGUGUCUUCCUCCCCCUCUGAAGACAAUUGUAGAGAGCCUUCCUCCUCAACAUGGUUCUCCAUUGCCCACUUAAUCAACUAUGAACACCUUGCUUUGGUUUUUCGAAGCAUCUGCUUUGGUUUUUUGAAGCAUCUGUUUUUUUCUGUGUGAACGUGGUCAUCCAAGACAAAGCUAAUCAGCUCAGUAUAGCUUGAUUUGUAACCAUGCACUGGAACAUGCAGACACUCCCAAUCUUCACUCCUCCCAAUCUGUUCUUUGUUGUGAAAAAGUAUCCGUUUUCUUUCACACACUUUUUGUAUCUGACGAUACAGAUAAAAAGAAAAGUCUAUACCGGUACACUGGUAUACUGUGUAUUUAUAAUCAAGCCUCGGGGGGAUGACCCACAAUCACUGAAGCAACAGCUACCCUGGAAAUUUUUCCAACACAUGCUUCCAACCAGGAAAAGGCAAUUUUGUGUGUAAAGGACAAUUUGUGUGUUAUGGAAAAUGAAAUUAGCAGACGUGGGAGAACACUCGUGACAGUCUGAGGGAAUGUGUGUGUGUGUGUGUGUGUGUAAGGGAGGGAAGGAAAUUACAAUGAUAGCUAUAUAGCAAUACAUACAUUAAAUCAGGGUGGGGGAGGGCUAUAGGUCUUGAGAGUUAUUUGCUCAUCACACAGAGCUUUUAUUAGGUGGGGAACAAAACCAACAGAGGGAUCUUAUUGCUUUGCUGUCCGUGAUGGACUCAUUAAGCUGGGUGAAGGAGAGAAAAUAGAAAAACAGAAAAAGAGAGCAUUAGUUCAUGGGCGUGAUUAUCACCAUAGAUAAUAGCACAAGCUGCUGUUGGUAUCUUCCCAGAUGGUCAACAUUGAAGACUCUCUUAGUGCUGCAGCUCUUUGGUCCUACAGCUGUCUAAUGGCUUACGUGGCAUUUGGUGUUUUUCAUGCCACCUCAAGUGGGACUUUGCGGAGAUUCCACAAAGUUUGCCACAGAGUAGGCGGCACAAGUUUAGGGCGUGUUGGGAAGUUGUGCGGUACACGAGAGCAGUGCUGCUCCUCCUCCCAAAUGGUGUCACGGGCUGGAAGGUCGUCCGAGGCCGUGCGUACGACGCAGCUCUGUGUCGAACCCAGACUGCUGGACUCGGACAAAAUCCACGUCCACCUCCUCCAUUUUCUGGGUUCGACCGGAGGGGGCGCCCGACAGCUUUGUGUGGUGCGCUCCUGACCGUAAUGCAGGGGCACCGCGAAAACAUUUGGGGUGCCGUGAAGAGAUUGCAAUUUGGGCCCUCCCUCUCCAUUUUGGUUAUGUCCGUUUUUUCAGUCAACACAUGGUGACACUGAAGUGACAGGAAAGAGGGACACAGUAGGGGGGGAUCACCGUUCAAAGUAGUCGUGAACUCUCACACAUAGACAUGUGAACCAGUUGACAGAAUAGUUUGCCGUCCUGCUUUAAAAGAGUGGGAGCGGUCACAUGACCCUCUGUGCAGCCUGUUCUCCUGAAAGGGAAAGAGGGACGCUCUGAAUGGAGUCUGAUUGAAAGCGAGAGAAAAAGAGUGUGUAUGUGUGUGCUGGUGAACGAGAGAGCAGUGGAGAGAGGUCUGUGAUUGCAGUUCCUCUGUUAUCAAGGUACUGCUGAUGUUUCCUCUCCUUCCACUGGUCCUCCUGUUCUUUCUCUACUGCUGUCUGCAGCCUUCCCUCUCUCCUACACCCCAACUCCUCCCUCAGACAUAGCAUGGUCAGUACAGGAAUGCAUUCGACUGAAAUAAUAAUCACUCAGCCACAGAUAUUGGUGAGGAGAGUGGAAGAAGACGAGUGUGUUUAAUGAAUAGUGAGAAGCCUCUCAACACCAGACAAAAAACAAGGUCUCCAUCACUGUCACAGUGUUUGUCUUAGGUUUUCAAUCAAGUUAUUUCUCUCUAACACAACACACUGUCUUAUCUCUCUCUCUCCCCCCCCCCCAUCUCUCCUCUUUCUCUUGCGCUCUCCCUUUCUACUUGUCUCUCGCUGUGUCUCUCCCUCUAGGCUACAUUAGUAUUCAGCUAUGUAAAGGUUUUUGUGUGCUUUCCUGCAAGAAGAUAAAUUAAUUGCUGUUUUUGUGGCAGAGGUAGCGACAGUUAUGCUCCAACAGACAUUCCCAUGGGUGAAGCCAGUUUAGAAGUAGAAUAGAGUCAGAAGGGAGUCAGAAUGUAGGCUUUAGAGAUACUUACACUAUGUCAAUAAGAUCAGCAGAUUUGAUGUACAAUAUUCUGUCAAAUAUGUGAACUGUCAGUUGGUCAAAUGUUGUUGUUCUUGAUUUGAUUGGGUCAUUGUUGACAUUAUAGGCAGCAUGUUAUCAGCUUUCUUGAUACAUAAGGGUUGACACAAUCUACGUGGUGAAAAUGCAUUACUAAACAUAAUCAAUGUCAACUCUCUGUAGAACACGAAACUACUUUUGUUGGAAAGAUACAUAAUAUAUUAGAAAGAAGAAAAAUGUUUUCUUUGUUUUGGACGAGAGCGUACUUCACAGGGAGUCGGCCUUCAUUUAUAUCAAAAAGCUACAAGCACAAUAAAACAUCAAAAUGA